UACGGUGUGUGUGCGGUGGACGUGAAUGGUUGGAUCAGGCAGAACUCCCUGUUUCCAUCAGCAGGCAUCCUCCCGCCCCCUUUAGCUACCGACACUGACUUGCCGCGUCAAGCGAAAACAUCAUGUAUUUCUGCAGAAUAGCCCGGCACAGCCUGGCGACCUCGGCAAGGAUCCCGUCCCGGUCCGUGUUAGUCAGCAACGUGUACAGAAAUGCAUCCAUUCGCCAGAUGUCUUCUGGUGGCCCUCCAGGAUCAUCAAGCGAGAACAUGCUGUACACACUGAUGAUUGGUGCUGUGAUUGCAGGUGGAAGUGUUUAUACAUACAAAGUUCUCCACAAGGACAAAACCAGGUACAAUGAGAGAGUUGCAGAGAUAAUGGGACGCCCGAAGAGUGAAUGGACAGCUAAGGAGUGGCGACCAAAGCGUGAUGAUGAAUCGGUUAAAGUCCAGUUUCCUGACGUUGUUGGAACGAGUGAAGGGACCUCGGAGUCAGCAACCGAAGAGGUCAAAAUUCCUACAGCUGAAAGUGACGUGCAAGCUGAAAUUUCUGCACUGGUUGCAGAACCCAAUGAGAGUCCAUUGGAGGGCAAGGCUGUUGUGGAAAAGACAGUGAUAGAACUUCUGCCCCCGCCUACUUCAAUCAAAGAACCAGAUGAUGACCGGUGUGUUGAGAUGGUUGAAGCUUCUGAAGAGUCUACAGAGUCAGGAAUAGAAGAAAUCAAAGUCCCCACAGCUGACAGCAUCGAGCAACUUCAUAGCCCUUCAACAGAGAUCCAGCUGGAGCGGGAGACCAAGACAUCGGUCGCAGAUCAAAAAGAUGAGUUACAAUCUAAUGAAAUCAAAGUGUAAAUAAUCCCUCUUGAAAUGAAUGUUAUACCUAAAUUGAAGUAUAUGAUGAUCCUGGGCUAUUUAAAUCUCCAUCUCACCCUUGUCCUUGCUCCUUCUGACUUUACAGCUGUUCUGUUCUCGCUCAAUAGAAGUACUCCUUUUCCUGGCCGUUCCUUUGACUUUGCUUUCACACAUGGUCUGUCUAUUCUCCUCAUCUGAAUCACUUGCAUGACUGCAUCUCUACACUUUUUAUCCCUUAACUGCUCACAUUCCCUGUUCCAACUCUAGUCUUUUGUAUGUUAGCCCUGGAUACUUCCAUAAGUCACAGACAGAUUCAUUUUCACGCACCAGCUAGCUAGCAUUUAGCCCUCCAUUUGCCCCGGCAGCUCUGCAGCUUUCAGUUUCCCCAAUGAUCCUUCUUGUCAGCUUUUGAAGCCCUAGUUCAUGCCAAAACAUGUAUUCCCUCCCACCCUGUUUUUUCCCGACAGUACACCCCUUAUCGUCACUCCCAUAAGUUCAAAAGAUGCAGUAUUGAGCACAUAUGGUGCUUUGAAAGAGUUAGUUAUUCAUCAUCCUGCUCUUUUGCCAAAACUGUGCACUGUUCCAACAACAAGGCAUUUAUGGAUCAACUUGCAGUUGAAAAUAUUCCAAGGAUCUGUAGCAACAGUGUUACCAAACAAAAUUUCAUACGAACCAGGAAAUAUGGGACAGAUGACCAAACAUUUGGUUUGAAAAAAGUUAAGUUGAAGGAGUGUCUUAAAACCCAAAGAUGUGCAGUUUAGGUGGAUUGGCCAUGUUAAAUUGCCCCAUAGUGUCCAGGGAUGUGCAGGCUGGGUAGGUAAGCCAUGGGAAAUGCAAGGUCACAGGGAUGGGGUAAGGAAGUGGGUUUGGGUGGGAUGCUGUUGAGAAGGUCAGUGUGGACUUGAUGGCCUGACUGGCCUGCUUCCACACUCUAGGGAUUCUGUGAUUCUAGAGGAGACAACAGGGUCAGAGAGAUUUAGGAGAGCUUGAAUUAGAGGGCAGCAGAUGUUUUGGUGAGUUUUUGAGCUGGUGGAGAUUAUAUCGAUUAGUGGGCGUAGUCAUGAGAGGCCACUGUGUCCCAAUAAAAUUCACUUAAUCAUCAGCGACACCCCCAUCACAAACUCUGGUUCCAUCCUAUCAAAUUCCAAUUCCAGCUCUCAAAUGACCGCCUUGGGUUGAAUCAGGCCAUUUGCAGUCUUGACAUCUAUUUAACCCUGAACUGCACUUCCAACUUCAUACCUUCACUAUUACAAAGAGUACCCCUCCUUUCCACCUACAUAACAUGACGUAUGUCUGCCCACCUCAGCUUAUCUGUUACUGAAACCGUCAUGCACGCUUUUGUUAUCACCAGAUUUGAGAAUGGCUGUGCUCUCCUGGUCAGUCUCCCAACUUCCAUUCUACAAAAGCUUGGGCUCAUUUAAAGUUCUUGUCUGCAUUCAAAUGCACACAGGAUCCUGCUCACCCAUUGACCUGAUAUUCACCAACCUGUAAAGAUUCCCGGUUCAUCAGUGCCUCAAAUUUAAAGUUCUCAGCUUCAGUUUCACAUUUCUCCACACUCUUACCCCUCCCUAUCUCGCUCACCUUCUUGAGAUCUCUACACCUCCAAGAACUCUGAGAUACUCGCAAUCUGGACUUUUUUCUACCUUCUGUUCCAUUUGCCCCACAAUUGGUGGCCAUAUUCUUGAGGGAUUAGGCACUUAGUUCUGAAAGUCACUUUUUGAAGCUCCCUGCCACCAUCUCUGUUUCCUUCCUUAAGACACUCUUCAAAAUGUUCUACUUUGAUGAAGCUUUCUCACAUGUCUGAAUGAUGUCUUUUUUAGCUUGAUGCCAGCUUUUGACUUAUGAGGAUGUGGUAGAGUAUCUGAUUAGUGUGAGGUGGGAUAAUUUGGCUACUUUAACCUAACAUCUACUGAAAAGUUUGAAGAUUAUUCAAAGUCACCAGAAGUUCUGAUGUGACGCUAUUGUAAGGACACAACCGGAAUGGUCUGAGGAUGUUUAUUCCAGUGUUAUGGGACAGAUUCUGUACCGGGCUCACUGAGAGCGUCUCCCUGCUAUGAUGAACAAACACAGUGUAAAAUUCUGAAUUAUGUAUCUUAAUAAGCAUCAGAUUUACCACAUUAAACUCUUAGUUCUACUGCCUUGUAUGUCUUAUCUGCCCAUCAGAACGGUCGGGAUGUUUCAAUGCCCCAAAGUGAUCUCUGCACGAUUGUCAGAUAACACGGUGCAGAGCUGGAUGAACACAGCAGGCCAGGCAGCAUCAGAGGAGCAGCAAGGCUGAUGUUUCGGGCCUCGACCCUUCUUCAGAUUCUCCAGCAUCUGCAGUUCCUACUAUGUCUGCAUGAUUGUGCUUUGUUUAAGGCAAUGAAGUGACCUACUUGAAGCUGGGGUAUUGAUGCUGGCUUGUACAGAGAACUUUCUGGCGCAGCAAGGAAAUUCUGAAUUCCUCAGUAUCACAUAACGUCGAAAUAACUGACACUUCUGUGAAAACUACGGGUUUUCAUCUGAAUAUUAGAACUGACAAACUAAGGGCAGGAGUAGACCACGCAGUCCCAUGAGCCUGCUCUGUUUUUUCAGUAAGAUUAGAUUAGAUUCCCUACAGAGUGGAAACAGGCCCUUCGUCCCAACACGUCUGCACCGCCCCUUGGAGCAUCCCACCCAGACCCAUCCCCCUAUAACCCACACACCCCUGAACACUAUGGGCAACUUAGCAUGGCUAAUCCUCCUAGUCAGCACAUUUUGUGCAGAUCAAACUCAACUUUAUACUCCUGCCUGUUGACGUGUGUUUCAGAAUAACCUCAGAAACUAAGAUACAGUUUCAAUCAUUUAUUGUACAUUCAAGAGCCAUCUUGGACAAUCAGAGUGAACUGUCAUUACCCAAUGAGAUUGAUUCAUAAACCCCAGUUAAGCAUGUUGGCUCACAAAAUUUACACAAAAUGCAAUUAUAAUAACAAAUAACUCGUGAACUGCUUGUAUCAUCAAAGAACUCAUUACCCUUAAUAAAACACU